AAUAUGGGGGAGUGGGGAAGAGGGGUAGAAGGCGGCUUGGGUCGCGGAGAGAGGAGGAGAGGUCGAACGGGAAUGAGGGCCGUACUUGAUUGAAUAUACUCAACAAACAUUUCUGACCGAACGCCGGGAAGCGGGAUGCAAAGACCACAGAGAAAGGCCGAGGAAGGGCACUCUAACGUCGGGGAUGCUGGCGUGGCCGGUGGGAAUGCAUGGAGGGAGCAGCCUCCCUGGCAGGCCGAGAGUCAGGAAUGGCAGGUAGCCAUCCAGUUCGUCUGGAACAAAUCGGGCGAGGGUAAUGGGGAUCAAAAGGCAGAGAAGUGGACAGAAAAAAACGGCAUUGGCGGGGUCAGUCUGCCCCAGUCAUUUUUUGGAUGGGGAAACUGAGGCCCACAGAGACCACAAGGUGGUGAGGAAGCGCCCUCAGGGCGUUUCGAAAAACCAGCCAAUGAGCGCUGGGUGCGGGGCGUUGGCUGGGUGGGAGGGGGGACCAGCGUAUAAAAGGACAGCACCGGAGGGAGCCACUCCACCCCUAGCGAUCUCUGAGGUGUGGGGAUGCUGUCUCUGGACAGCUCCCCUUCGAGGUCCGCGUAACUCACACGCGGGCACCUGCUCCAAGCUUCCAGCUCACUUCUCUCUCUCUCCGCCGUCCAGGCGAUCCAGUGCCACGUCGUCCGGGAACGAGGGGGCCGGUGACCGCGUGCCGGCACGCUCGCACAAAUGCGGUCCGGGCCAAAUCGGAUGGACUUCGCAGCUGCGGAGAUGAGCAACGAGAAAGAACCUAACCCGCCCAACUCAGACCAGAACAGCGAGAAGAAGCCGCAGAAGAAGGAAGGGGGCGGGGCGGGCGACGCUGGGGGUAGCUCCCCGCAAUCGCGGGGGGGCCAGUCCAAGCAGCCCCGGUGGCGGCGGCGGCAGAAGCAACAGCGGCAGUCCCUGCUCCCGCGGCCCCCACCGCCAUUGCCUCCGCCACUGCCUCCACCAUUGCCUCCCCUGCCGCCGCCGCCGGCCGAGCCGAAGAACCAGCACGUGCAGCCCAAUUCACAUCUUGCAUGUGGCCAAGAGUUCAUUGACCCGGAGGUGAGAGCUGAUCGGGUGCUACCCCCCAUGGUACUGGAGGGCCUUCUGGGCUCUGAUGAUGAAGAACAGGAAGACCCCACCGAUUACUGCAGGGGUGGUUACUACCCAGUGAAGAUUGGAGACCUGUUCAAUGGACGAUACCACGUGGUUCGAAAGCUGGGGUGGGGCCACUUCUCUACUGUCUGGCUCUGCUGGGAUAUCCAGCGGAAGCGGUUUGUGGCCCUGAAGGUGGUGAAGAGUGCUGUCCACUAUACUGAGACUGCCGUGGAUGAGAUCAAACUGCUCAAAUGUGUCCGGGACAGCGAUCCCAGUGACCCCAAGAGGGAGACUGUCGUGCAACUCAUCGAUGACUUCAGAAUCUCAGGGAUCAAUGGUGUCCAUGUAUGCAUGGUAUUGGAGGUUCUGGGUCACCAGCUCCUCAAAUGGAUCAUCAAAUCUAACUACCAAGGCCUUCCCCUCCCCUGUGUGAAGACCAUCAUGCGGCAGGUGCUGCAGGGCCUGGAUUACCUCCACACCAAAUGUAAGAUCAUCCACACUGACAUCAAGCCGGAGAACAUUCUUCUGUGUGUGGGUGAGGUCUACAUCCGAAGGCUGGCAGCAGAGGCUACAUUGUGGCAGCAGUCGGGGGCCCCACCUAUCUCUGGCAACACUGUGAGCUCUGCGCCCCAGCAGAUCACGAAUGUCAGGCUCUCUAAGAACAAGAAGAAGAAGAUGAGACGCAAGCAGAAACGGCAGAAGCAGCUCCUGGAGGAACGCCUUCGGGACCUGCAGCGCCUGGAGGACCUGGAGGGUGAGAGGGGCCUGGAAGGCCUGCUGGCUCCACCAUCCCAGCCCCCUGACAUGGACUCAGAUGAAGCUGUAGGGGCCACAUGCACCAACUCACAGCUGGGCGAAAGCAGCGGGACCACCCUUGCUGAGGCGUCUGGGGGCAGCUUGGCAUGCAGUCCCCAGAGCCUGACUUCCUCUUCAGGCUGUCACCCGUGGGGAGGUGGAGGGGCCUCCCCGGCCUCUUCCUCACCACCUUGGGGACAACGCGCAGGCAACCGAGGCUUCAGCCCUGACUCACAGACUUCUGGAUUUUCGGGGUCCCUCUUCUCCCCCACCUCGGGCUCCACCCUUUCAGGCUUUUCAAACCGUCAGGAGAAGGGGAGACUUUGCUCCCUCAACAGAACAUUCAAUGCCUCAGACUUCCUGGUGAACCCUUUGGAACCACAGAAUGCAGACAAGAUCAAGAUUAAAAUCGCUGAUCUCGGCAAUGCUUGCUGGGUGCACAAGCACUUUACUGAGGACAUCCAGACCAGACAGUACCGGGCAAUCGAGGUGCUUAUCGGAGCAGAGUAUAGCACACCUGCUGAUAUCUGGAGCACUGCCUGCAUGGCUUUUGAGCUGGCCACAGGAGACUAUCUGUUUGAGCCACACUCCGGAGAAACCUAUACUCGAGAUGAAGAUCACAUUGCCCACAUUGUGGAACUCCUUGGAGACAUCCCUCCAGCCUUUGCCCUCUCUGGCCGCUAUUCACGGGAAUAUUUCACUAGACACGGUGAGCUCCGUCACAUUAAAAAUCUCAAGCACUGGGGUCUGUAUGAAGUCCUCAUGGAGAAGUAUGAGUGGUCACUGGAGCAGGCAACACAGUUCACAGACUUUCUGCUGCCCAUGAUGGAGUAUAUCCCCGAAAGGCGGGCCACUGCUGCUCAGUGCCUCCAGCACCCCUGGCUCAACUCCUAAGCCCAACUCCUCCUGUUCUCCCUGCCCUAGUUUGCUGUGGUAGAGGGUGGCCUGCUUUUGAAAUGUGCCUUGGGACCAUGCCAGAUGGGGGAGGAGACCAUCUCAAGAGGUCAAGGCACUGCUUCAAGUGCAGUCAGCCCCAGCCCCCAGGCACCAGGCUCACCUAAUCAACGCCUGUGCCACUGGAGAGGCUUCCAAAGCUGACCCCAGUCUCCCCCAUCUCUCGGAACCUUGGUGCACCCUCCUUUCAGGCCCAUAGAUAGCGUGCUAACUUAUGCUGGAUCAUUUUAGCCAGCAGUGUUUCUGGAGAAGGAUUUAGAGUUGUUUUCCAACCUGGUUUCCUCCUUUCUGAUCCCAAUUUUCAGCUCAGGGCAAAAAAAAAAAAAAGCAAUAAAAUUGUUUUUCUUACUGAA